AUGAAGAGUUGUCCUUCGAUCUUCAACCCGGUCAUCAACCCGCCGACGCAGCGAAAGCGAAAGCUUGAGACUCCGGUCUGUUCCCCACCUUCACCCUCUGCCGAAGAAUCCUCCUCCCAUGUGAAACUCCAGUCUGUGAUCUUGGAUCCGGCCAACAAUCCGCCGCAGCAAAAGCAGAAGCUCGAAACUUUGGUCCAUUCUCCACCUUCUUCACCCGUAGACGAAGAAUCUUCCCCCAAUUUGAAACUCCGGUCUUCGAUCUGGGAUACGGACUACAAACUCCAAACUUGGGACGAUUCUCCACGUUCACCCUUAGAGGACGAAUCACACGACGACUCUGUGGGAAAUAAACCAUAUUGUGGCGUAAAAGACGUUGGAUGUUCUCCCGCUGACGAGCUCAUUGCAAAGGUGGGACUCCACGUCUACAAUUCUCACAAGGAGACAAAUUUACAAUUCGUGGCUUUAACCAAACUCUACCUAUCGGGUGCUGCACAUUUAUCUUAUGCUAUGACUCUGGAUGCUUUUGAUCCACACAAGAAAUCAUUUUCUAGUAUUAGAACCUGUGUUUGGGAUGCUCCUCCGGAGGCCGACUUGACUUUAAUUAUAAGAUAUUCCAGCCUUGAAGGACAAGCAAGCAUUACAGGAUCCAAUGAAAGAGCUUUCUUUUGGGACCCAAAUGGUGUAAAUGUGCUCUAUAAAGGUGAGAUGCCUAAGUGGCUAGAUGAUGGUGCACUUACAGGAAGCGAGUACUAUGAGCUGAAUGAGUCGGAUUUGCUAGAGAAUGACUGGCUUCAUUUGUAUGCUGAAGUUGGAGCAUACGCCAAGUGGUAUUUUGACAUGUUUGAUCAUCAUCUCCCAGUGAAGGUAAAGAGAGUAGUGGUACAAACAAAGGAAGACGUAGACUCAAGUUUGAAGUUGAAGUCAAGGAACGCAAUCUUCUACUUAACUUUCGAGUCUGGUGGAGGUGUCGAGCACAAAUGCAUAAUAAGGCAAACGAGUGAUGGGAAACCACAACACAUGUGCCUUGAAGUCUCAAAUGUUGUGAUGGACUAG